AGAAGACGCUAUUUCACUAACUUAAUUGAGCAUACGAAAUUCCUCCUUUCUUGGUCGACCACUAUAUAUUGUUCCCCAAGUUUCGAGAGACAAUACAGCUCUCAUUUGUUUCUUUCACAUCUCUGCAUCGAUAGCUCCAAAAGCCAUUUGUCCAAGAUGAGUCUGGAGAAGUUUGAAAAACGCGCUACAUUGGUUGGGCCAUGGGGAGGUCAAAGUGGAUAUUACUGGGAUGACGGUGUACACUCCACAAUAAGGCAAUUGGAGAUAGGUCAUGGAACCGGUGUAGAUUCAAUCAGGAUUGAAUAUGACAGCACGGGAAGAUCAGUCUGGUCGGAGAGACAUGGUGGAAGUGGAGGGACUAAAACUGAUAAGGUCAGGCUUGAGUACCCUGAUGAGUUCCUUAUUUCAGUGCAUGGAUAUUACGGUAGCUUGCAAGAACGGGGACAUGUCAUUAUCCGAUCACUUACCUUCGAGAGCAACAAAAGAAAAUAUGGACCUUUUGGCGUUGAAAAGGGGACGUAUUUCACGUCUUCUACAACACAUGGCAAGAUUGUCGGAUUUGUUGGAAAGGCUGGCUGGUACCUAGAUGCCAUUGGAUUUUACAUAGAGCCUCUUCACAAAUCUGUUGAAUCACAUGCUCUUUAUCAGUCUCAGCAAUUUGUUGCUGCUCAUGGGACUGAGAAGUACGAGUACUCAAUGAUCCAAGGAAGUCUUGGUACAAAUUAUGAUCUCGUUAUUGCUGUCAGACAAAAGGAUAACGCGAAACCUUCUCCCCCAAUCGAUCAUCCAAAGCCAACCAUACAAGAUCAUCCAAAGCCGACUAUACAAGAUCUCAGCCAUACAGAACCCAAGAAAGAGACUGCUGUUGUUGUUCCGAAAAAAAUUGAGAGGGUUCCCUCUGAAAAUAUCAAAGGAGUGGUGACUUAUGGACCGUGGGGCGGCAGUGGAGGGAGUCUGUUUGAUGAUGGAGUAUAUGAUGGGAUCAGACAGAUCAAUGUGUAUCGCAAUGUUGGAGUUGUGUCUAUUAGAGUUUGUUAUGAUAAGGAUGGGAAGGCUGUUUGGGGGAGCAAAAAUGGUGGCACAGGAUCAUUCAAGUCUGAUAAGAUUGUCUUCGAUUAUCCAUCAGAAAUCUUGACUCACUUGACAGGCUACCAUGCCCCGACAAUGAUCAUGGGGCCUGACGUGAUCAAGUCGCUCACUUUUCACACCACAAAGGGCAAAUACGGCCCGUAUGGAGAAGAACAAGGGGAGUUCUUCUCGACUAAGUUGAAGGAAGGAUCAAUGGUUGUUGGAUUUCAUGGGAGGAAGGGAUUGUUUGUGGAUGCUGUCGGUGUUCACGUGCUAGAAGGGAAAGGUGUGCCUGCUUCAAGUGCCAAAAUGAAGGAUGCAGUCGUUUCUCCCACGUCUAAUACCAAAAUGACAGCUGCAGUCGUUUCUCCCACAACUAAUACCAAAACGACGGCUGCAUUAGUUUCUCCCACAACUAAUACCAAAUCGAAGGAUACAGUCGUUUCUCCCAUGUCUAAUACCAAAACAUCGGGUUCAAGCUCGCCAUCCAAAUCCAGCUACCAAACCGCAGUUUCAGCUAACAAAGCUGAUAAUUCUCAGUGGCAUUUCAAAGUAGGAAAGCGAGGACAAUCUGAAGAGGUCGUUCCACGACUGGUGAUCAAAGAUCCUGCUCCUUACGGCCCAGGCCCGUGGGGCGGGGAAGGUGGGAAGCCGUGGGAUGACGGGGUGUUCACGGGGAUCAAACAGAUCAUCUUGACAAAAACAGACGCCAUUUGCUGCAUUGAAAUUGAGUAUGAUCGAAAUGGGCAAUCCAUCUGGUCGGUCAAGCAUGGGAGCAGCAGCGGACAGACCGCAGACCGGGUGAAGUUAGACUAUCCCCAUGAAGUCCUAACAUGUGUAAGUGGAUACUACGGUCCCAUAAAAAAAGAGCAGGGGACAAAAGUGAUUCAAUCCUUGACGUUUCAUACCAGCAGAAGAACAUACGGCCCCUUCGGACAAGAGCUGGGGACUUAUUUCGCGUCGGGCACAACAGAAGGAAAGGUGGUCGGAUUCCAUGGGAGGAGCAGCAUGUACCUGGACGCCAUUGGAGUGCACAUGCAGCAUUGGCUAGGGAAUCAGAAACCGUCUAAGCCCCCUUCUCUCAUGAAAAUCUUCAGUUGAUUAAUCGACGUCGUGAUCAUGCUUCUGAUAAUAAGAGAUUUGAAUAAUUGGCAGCACUGUCACUCGUUUCUUGAAGACAUUUUUAGAUGUCAUCCAAAGAAAUCACGAAUGUUCAUUCAUAUUUUCGAACAACACACGGUUUAAUUAAUGUGUAUUACUGAACUUAGUGUAAUAAAGAGGAGUUGCAAUUCAAAGAACAAACAUCAUGAAUUCUUUGUUGUGGGAAUAAAUACCCCCACUCCCAACAAAGAUUGAGGUUUUGAUC